GCGGGCGCGCGGCGGCGAGGCCGUGGAGUGCAGCGACCAGGAGAGCCAGGAGGACGCUUGCGACCUGGACGGCACGGCGACGGACGACUACCGGCGUCUGCAUGGCUCGUUCCUGGACGUGCUGACGAGGACGGACGAGUACAUCGAGGACGACAGGCGCUUCCGCCGUCCGGUCUUCGGGUACGCAGAUUGGAAGCGGCACCGCUCCGUGGAUCGUUUCCCGCGGAAUCUCUCGACCCUGCCCAUUUCGACCACCGUGCGCGCGAAUUGGAAGGAAAUCGUUGCCACCGCCGCCGUCGCUGCCGCAGUUUGCCUGUGGAACGACGCCGAGGCUGUCACCAGCGCGCUCAACCUCGGCCCCGGGGCUGUGGACUUCGCGAAGAAUCUGCCCGAGCUGUCCCUGCCGGCCCUGCCAUUCACCCUCAGCUCGGCUUCUUUGUCGUUGCUGCUCGUCUUCCGCACGAAUAAGGCCUACGAGCGUUGGUGGGAGGCGCGCUGCAUCUGGGGCGCGAUCAUCAACACUUGCCGCGACAUCGUCCGCCAGUCCCUUGUACGAAUAGAUCCAGCUGACGUGGCUCUCAAAGAGGAGGUCACUCGCCUGGUGUCCGCAUACCCGCGCUCGCUGAUCUACCACCUCGGUGAGCGAACGGAGAUCUCCAACAAGGUGAUCGAGCAGAAGUACCGAAGAGUAUUGACAGAUGAGGAGACAGAGAGGCUGUUGAAGUGCACUCACAAGCCCAUGACGGUUACGGGAAUGCUAUCUAAUGCGAUACACCGCGCGAAGUUGCCAGUGAUCGAUGAGAUGAAGAUCGACCAAGACAUCACAAAGUUCUCAGACUACUACGGUAUGUGCGAGCGUAUCUUCAAGACGCCAAUGCCGCUGUCGCUCACGCGCAAGACUUCAAGAUUCUUGAGUAUCUGGAUUCUUGCGCUCCCAGCUGCGCUGUACGGGGUGAUCACCCCUCAUUGGAUGAUUAUCCCAGUCACUGUCGUCCUCGCCUUCUUUGUGUUCGGAAUCGAGGAGAUCGGGGUCCAGAUAGAGGAACCAUUCUCGGCUUUAGCCCUGAACGCCAUGGCAGACGGCAUCGACGCGAGCAUCUUUGAGGCGCUGGAGUUGGAGAAGAAGGCCAAGAGCGAGGCCCCCGUGGUGUACCCCGACCACUACGCCCGGGCGGUGCUCGAGAGGACAUUCGUUGCAGCGCCCGCGCCGGCCAGCCCACCCGAGGCUCCUGCGCAGCACAGCGGUGCGACCGAGGCCCGGAAGAAGGUCGCCUACCCCGACAACUACGGCCGGGGGCCCGUGCUCGAGAGGAUCUUCGGCUCGCUGCUGGCGCCGGCCGGCGAGACCAGCCGCGCAGGCGCGCCCGAGGCUUCCGAGGGGCCCGGCAGCACGCCCAAG